CAAAGGCUAGAGCAGUAUAAGCUUCAAGGGAUGGCUGAUGCAGAGUUUGAUACUUGCAACAAUGUCGAGGAAGCUGAAGUAGUGGAGAAUACAGAAUCCACAGAAGCUCCAGGAGGAAGAAAGCCAUCCACAAGAAAGCUUCAUCGUUUCGACUCGUUGAAUAUGGAGGCUGGUAACGUGUCCAGUGCCACGAGCCAUGGUGCUAAUGCGAGUUGGGCAAUCACAAUGCAUCUAGCUUUCCAAAGCAUUGGGGUUGUGUACGGAGAUAUAGGGACAUCACCAUUGUAUGUGUAUGCAAGCACUUUUACUCGUGGAAUCAAACAUGAAGAUGACAUACUUGGUGUUCUCUCUCUCAUUCUCUACACUUUGCUUCUCAUACCUUUGACCAAAUAUGCCCUUAUCGUGCUGUGGGCUAAUGAUAAUGGGAAUGGAGGGGCUUUUGCUCUGUAUUCCUUGAUAUCACGGUAUGCUAAGGUAAGCCUGCUGCCAAAUCAGCAGGUUGAAGAUGCAAUGCUCUCGAAUUAUACGUUACAAACACCAUCAACCAAAAUGAAGAGGGCUCAAUGGAUCAAAGGGAAGCUGGAGGGCAGUAAAGCAGCCAAAGUCGCCCUUAUUUUCCUAACAAUCUUAGGUACAUCGAUGAUUAUGGGUGAUGGAGUCUUAACUCCAUGCAUCUCUGUCCUUUCAGCAGUAAGUGGGAUUCAGCAGAAAGCAACUUCCUUAACUGAAGGAGAAAUCGCAAUUAUUUCGAUCAUAAUCUUGAUCAUGCUGUUUUCUGUUCAACGCUUCGGCAUAGAUAAAGUGGGUUAUGUGUUUGCUCCUGUAAUCCUACUCUGGUUCAGCCUUAUUGGUGGUAUUGGCCUGUACAAUUUAUUCAAGCAUGACGUGACGGUUUUGCGCGCCUUCAAUCCAAUGUACAUUAUAGACUAUUUCAAGAGAAAUGGAAAAGAAGGAUGGAUCUCCCUUGGAGGUGUUGUGCUGUGCAUUACAGGUGCUGAAGCAAUGUUUGCUGACUUGGGCCACUUCAAUGUUAGAGCUAUUCAGAUUAGCUUCGUUGGGGCUUUGCUCCCUGCAGUAUCACUAGCGUACAUCGGGCAAGCUGCAUAUCUAACCAAAUAUCCGGAAAAUGUUGCUGACACUUUCUACAAAUCACUUCCAGGUCCAUUAUUCUGGCCAACAUUUGUAGUCGCAGUUGCUGCUGCCAUUAUUGCAAGCCAAGCUGUGAUAGCUUGUGUAUUUUCAAUCAUAGCACAGGCUCAAACUCUAGGUUGCUUUCCAAGAGUUAAGGUUGUCCACACUUCUGCGAAAUAUGAAGGACAAGUGUACAUUCCAGAAUUGAACUUUGCACUGAUGAUCGCUUGUAUAUUAGUGACGGGGAGCUUCAGAACAACAGAACAUAUAGGCAAUGCCUAUGGAAUUGCGGUUCUUUGUGAUAUGACUAUCACAACAUGUUUGGUCACUCUAAUAAUGCUCAUGAUAUGGAAAAAGAGCAUUUGGCAAAUAUUACCAUUCUUUGUCAUUUUUGGUGGAGCAGAGCUUACAUAUCUAUCUUCAGUCCUAUCCAAAUUUGUUCAAGGUGGCUUCCUCCCGCUCGUCUUCUCAUUUUUCCUCAUGCAGAUCAUGGCCAUAUGGCACUACGUACAUGUCAAAAGAUACAAAUUUGAGGUUGAGAACAAAAUAUCCAACACUUACAUAAAAGACUUGGCUCUUAGACAGGACAUAAAAAGGAUCUCUGGGGUUGGAUUUCUGUAUUCGGAACUAGUUGAAGGCAUUCCACCAAUCUUUGCCCACUUCAUUGAGAAAGUACCUUCGAUACACUCAGUUCUGGUGUUUGUUUCGGUGAAACGUUUGCCUGUCACUAAAGUUGAGAUAAACGAACGAUUUCUCUUCAGGCAAGUCGAGCCAAGAGAAUACAGAAUUUAUCGUUGUGUGGUACGCUAUGGGUAUAAAGACGCCAUAGAAGAAGCUAGAGAGUUUGAAAGCUUGGUUAUUGAGCAAUUAAAGAACUUCAUCCACAAUGAAUAUACCAUCACGGAAUCUUCAGAGUCUUUACAGUCAGUAAUCGAAGAUGAGCAACAAUUUGUUCAGAAAGAGAUGGAGAAGGGGAUAGUGUACCUGUUAGGAGAAACUGAAGUGGUUGCGGGAAAGAAUUCUUCGAUUAUUAAGAGAAUAGUUGUCGAUUAUGUUUACAACUUCAUGAGGAGAAACUUUCGGCAGGGAGGAGAGGCUAUGAAGAUUCCAAGGAGUAAGUUACUCAAGGUGGGAAUGACCUAUGAGAUAUAAGUUAACGGCAGGCAUCACCUAAUUUGUCUAUACAGUUUCUUUUGCUUUUAAUCAACAAGAAUGUUGUUGCUGAGGAGCGUAUGAAUAAAGGAUGUUUGAUGUGUCAAAGUUUUGUAGAUAGCACUGCUAUACAAAAUUUUGUAGCUUGCUCUCUAUAUUUAUUCAUACACACAACCAAGCCAUGAUAAAUUGACCAGAA